AUGUCCUCCGCCGUGGUCCCGAGCGAUGAGCUCGACAUGGAGCCAACGCUUCAGUCAAUCCUUAACCAGAACACUCUCCGUUGGAUCUUCGUUGGAGGCAAGGGCGGAGUGGGGAAAACCACUACCUCGUGCUCGCUCGCCAUCCAGCUGGCCAAAGUGCGCAAGUCCGUGCUGCUCAUCUCGACCGACCCCGCCCACAACCUGAGCGAUGCCUUUGGACAGAAAUUCGGCAAGGAGGCCCGCCUGAUCGAUGGCUACACCAACCUCAGCGCCAUGGAGAUCGACCCCAACGGGAGCAUCCAGGAUCUUCUGGCGAGCGGCGAGGGGCAAGGCGAAGACCCCAUGGCCGGACUGGGCAUGGGGAACAUGAUGCAGGACCUGGCGUUUAGCAUCCCCGGUGUUGACGAAGCCAUGUCCUUUGCCGAAGUCCUGAAGCAGGUCAAGUCGCUCUCGUACGAGGUGAUUGUGUUCGACACCGCGCCGACCGGCCACACGCUCCGCUUCCUCCAAUUCCCCACGGUGCUGGAGAAGGCACUCGCCAAACUCUCGCAGCUCUCGUCCCAGUUCGGGCCGAUGCUGAACUCGAUCCUGGGUGCGCGCGGUGGGCUGCCGGGCGGCCAGAACAUGGAUGAGCUGCUGCAGAAGAUGGAGUCGCUGCGCGAGACAAUCAGCGAGGUCAACUCGCAGUUCAAGGACGCGGACAUGACCACAUUUGUGUGUGUAUGCAUCGCCGAGUUCUUGUCGCUCUACGAGACCGAGCGCAUGAUCCAGGAGCUGGCCAGUUACGGCAUCGACACGCAUUCCAUCGUCGUCAACCAGCUGCUGUUCCCCAAACAGGGGAGCAACUGUGACCAGUGCAAUGCGCGCCGCAAGAUGCAGCAGAAGUACCUCGAGCAAAUCGAGGAGCUGUACGAGGACUUCAACGUCGUGCGCAUGCCAUUGUUGGUUGAGGAGGUGCGUGGGAAGGAGAAAUUAGAGAAGUUCAGCAACAUGCUGGCCCAGCCCUACGUGCCCCCUGAGUAG